CCGCAUUAAAGUUAUUUUUGGGCUGGGUAGAGUAUAAUAUUUAUCUAAAGUUUUGCUUCCGGAUAAACCAAAAUCCACCACAUCUGGCAGCCUGUUUUUAGUGGCUAUGAAAAAAAUAAAAUGGUUGAUAAACCAGUUCGACAUAGCUAGACAAGGAAUGCCAGUAAUGCGUUCAUUGACUCUACUUAGUGAUGUCUGGGAACCCGUAAAAAGUUGGCUAAUUUUAUUCAAAUUGAUUCACUGGUGCGAUGAUGUCGAAUAUGAUGAUGCUGAUGUGAUGGGCGUCGUCCAAUAUUUAUUUAAUUGCAGUUCAUCUCCAAAUUUGGUGGGUCUUUUUCACCGUUUGAUUUUAUUCGCCUUGCCAUCAAUUCUAGCGAAAAGUAUAAAUAAAACUUGAGCCGGGUGGACUCAAUUUAGUCCGUUGUUGUCCAGGUCUAAGAACAUGUUGCAGCUGUCACUGGCCCUGCUGUUUUUUCUGGCGCUUUUCGCCAGCCUAGAGACAGCACCUCCUACGUCGCCCAAUCAAGAGAAACUGGUGCGAGUGUAUGAAAUCAAUGAGGAGCAGUAUGAGCGCGUUCUGAAGCUGACCAAGGGCAAUAAUGUUAUAUCAGAAGCCAGGUUGAUCAACGGAGGUUUUGCCACCGUCAGCGAGUCCUUGAGUUCCGGCUGGAACUCUCUUUUGCGGAUCGUGGGCCUGACCACUCUCAGCAGGACCGAAGAGGCCGAGAAGGACUUUGACUUUGACAGUCAGCCCCUGUGUGUGAUCAAAUCUCGAGAAGGUGAGGGCCGGGAUGAGGAGGUGACCUCCGCUCGCAGCUCGGGAAAAGGCAUCGAAGCCGACGACGAAGAAUCCGCCAUCCACUGCAUAGUGGUGCUAAAGAAAGACAGUGACUUCGAGCUGCCCAGCCAGGAUCCUCACCCGAACUACGCCCAGUACUGGAACAAACCUCAGGUUCCUGAACCCUUGGCCGAAUCCGCUGUGCAGAUUCAGCCUGAAGAGGUAAUGGAGAAGGAAGAGUCAGUUGAAGAAGACACACCUGCUCCUUUAAGGAAGAAGAAGGUUAACAAGAGCACCUACCCCAAGGCUGCUCUUUUGGACGACGACUCCGAUGAUUCACGUCAAUAUCCAGGCGGAUACCCACCAGUACCACCUCAAUAUGGAGCUCCAUAUCCACCACCCCCACCCUCAUAUGGUGGCUUUCCCUACACUCCCUAUCCCAGCCCCCCGCCUUAUCCGAACCAGCAGCAGUAUGGUCCCCGACCACCCUACGGACCAUAUCCAUAUGGGCAAUCGCCCUAUGGUCCCUACCCACAACAGCCAUAUGGUCCGCAGUCUUCCAUUGGUCCCUACAAUCCUCAGCCGUACUAUGGAUCUUACGGAUAUCCCUACUGGGAUCAGACCCAGAUGGGCCAAGCAAAUGCCAUUGAGGAAGCUGAGAAGGUCGAGGCUGAUGACGACCAGGAGGAAGAUGAGGACUCCUACGAAACCGAAGAUGAAGAUGACUAUCGCUAUAAGAAACGUUUGUACUCCUACAAACCUGUGUCCAUUAACGAGCCCUAUAACUACUGA